GGAGCCUGACGUGACGCGCUCGGCAGUGGGAGGCGCAGACAUCACGGACCACUACCAGAACGGUGAAGACAAUGUGGCCGGUGCUGAAGCUCAUCCGCCGGCACUUUAGCAUUGCUGUACCCCGGGGACUAGUGUAUGAGAAGCACGGAGAGCCCUCGCAGGUGCUACGUCUGAAGAAUAUAGAAGUCCCUUCUCCAACUGAUUAUGAAGUCAGAGUUAAAAUGUUGGCUGCCCCAAUAAAUCCUUCAGAUCUUAACAUGGUUCAAGGAACAUAUGCCCUGCUGCCCCAGCUUCCGACAGUAGGGGGAAAUGAAGGAGUAGGUGUGGUAGUUGAAGUUGGGAACCAUGUGUCUUCAGUGCGACCUGGUGACUGGGUGGUUCCCGUGGAUGCUGGUCUAGGGACAUGGCGUACAGAGGGCUUAUUCAGUGAGCAGGCCCUAGUGCGAAUCCCAAGUGACAUUUCUAUAGUGGGAGCAGCAACCUUAAGUGUUAACCCCUGUACUGCAUACAGGCUGCUCUCUGAUUAUGAGACCCUUCGGCCAGGAGACUCUGUAAUACAGAAUGCCAGCAACAGCAGUGUAGGGCAGGCUGUUAUACAGCUUGCAACAUCGUUGGGUAUUACUACCAUUAACAUUGUACGAGACAGACCGGAUCUACAAAGCUUGGUGGAGAGACUUAAGGAUUUAGGGGCUGACCAUGUAAUCACAGAAGAACAACUGCGCAAGCCAGAGAUGAAAGAUCUGUUUAAGAACUGCCCCCGUCCACGAUUGGCAUUAAACUGUGUUGGUGGAAAAAGCACAACCGAAAUGUUGCGUCAUUUAGAUUAUGGUGGCACAAUGGUGACCUAUGGAGGAAUGGCUAAGCAACCAGUUACUGUCCCAGUGAGUGCUCUAAUAUUUAAAAAUGUGAAGCUUUGUGGUUUUUGGGUAACUCAGUGGAAAAAGGACCGAUAUCACAAUCAUGAAGAAAUUACUAAGAUGAUUCGGGACCUCUGCGAUCUAAUCCGCAGAGGGAAGCUGCUUUCUCCCCCAUGCACUGAAUGGCCACUGGAAGAUUUUUCCCUGGCACUGCGAGAUGCACAAACGCCAUUCCUUUCCCGAAAACAGAUCUUAAUUAUGUAAUCUAGAUGUUAAUUUAAUUGCACAUGUUGUAUCAAGACCCUGCCAAGACAGUGUAUAUUUAUAGAUAUAUAUAUUUUUAUGUCUGUAAACAGUCUGUGACAUUUAGAUUCUAAUAUAUGAUUAAAUGUGACUGUAUUUUCCUUGUCUGUAUAUAAUGCUUCAUAAGAAUAUCCAACACCAUCUUUUAGUUGAUAGAUACAUAUUUACGUAUUGUGCUGCUUUCACGUCUAAUCUAUUCAUGGUUACUCUCAAGGAGAACUCUGCACUCAACAUUUCAGCAAUGCUGUGUGCAAAGUUUUCUGAGCUUAUACAACCAGUUCUCUUCAUCUACAUGCAGUGUGACAAACCUACACAAAAAACUGUCGGACAUAGAUUGCAUAUACUUGUAAAUAAAAGUAAAAAAAA